GUUUUUCCAAAAGAAGAAAUCGAAGCAAAAGCCAAACGUCGCACCGCGGUCCGCUUCGUUUUCUUGUAUUUUUCACUCAUUUUCCCCACCGACAAAUCACCAAAUUUCUCCUUAAAUUCUUACAUAAAUUUCCAUUUAAUUGUUUAAUUUUCAUGAGCUAAAGCUUAAAAAGAAAGCAGUUUUAGCACCGAAUCAUUUGAAAAAGAAUUUGAAAAUGUAUACAUUGAAAGAUAAAGUAGCUGAGGGUCUUUCACGUUUAUUUUCAGAUUCAUCAAAUCAUUCUACUCCAUCUGAUCUUUCUCAGGCUAGUUUGUAUUCCAAAGGAUCAAGCUCUUUGUAUUCCAUUUUUUCUUAUAUUACCCCUUCCGUAAGCUCGGGCGGGUCUAGAUCGAAAGAUCAUGGAAGUCAUCUCAAGCCAAUCGAGUCACUUCCUAUUAGAUGGAAAUAUAGGAAACUUGAGUUGCAAGAUGAACCCUUGGAUAGCUAUGAAGACCUCAUAAUUCCUUUUACAAAUGAAAAAUUAGUAAGGGUUCAUGAAGUUAAGAAGAAAAUUUCGGAAGAUAGUGACAACAAGCAAACUAUUAGUCCUCGGGGUGAGGAUAAGGACCGUACCUCCGAGAGGAGUGAUUCCGAUGAAUUUCAAGAUACACGAGAGCAACGGAGUUCAAUAAAACCUCCACUGAACCUUUCUGAUGAAUCGGUGUUUAUUACCUGUGAUUUGUACGAAUUCUUGGUGUCUUCCCUUCCCAAUAUUGUUAAAGGGUGUCAAUGGAUGUUGUUGUAUAGUACGUUGAAACAUGGUAUAUCACUUCGUACGCUUAUUCGCAAGAGUGCUGAACUUCCUGGCCCUUGUUUGCUGAUUACUGGAGAUAGGAAAGGAGCCGUCUUUGGUGCAAUGCUAGAAUGUCCCUUGAAACCAACACUCAAGAGAAAAUAUCAAGGAACAAACCAGACAUUUGUUUUCACAACUGUAUAUGGUGAACCGAGGCUAUUUAGACCAACUGGUGCCAAUCGUUAUUACUAUAUAUGUUUGAACGACUUGUUAGCAGUUGGUGGUGGUGGCAAUUUUGCUUUGUGCUUGGAUGGAGAGCUUUUAACCGGAAGUAGUGGACCUUCUGAAACAUUUGGGAACUUGUGUUUGGCUCAUAACCGGGACUUCGACCUUAAUAAUGUCGAGCUAUGGGGUUUCACACAUGCAUCACCAUAUGCCUCAAUUGAAAGCAACUGAAAAGAAUUCUUCAGAGAGAAAUACUUAUAGCUCCAAUUGCAUGGUUAAGGACACAUACUAUCUUCUUCGACUUGUAAUAAUCUAAAUCCAUCAAUCCCUGCAAUGUGCCCUCAUUUUGGGGUUUUAGAAAUGAAUUAUGAUGACAAAUCUGGUUGUAGUUAGGGUUUAAAAUCAUUUGGGGGGGGUUGUUUAAUUGAGUAGUACAGUGAGCGAUUCAUAUUUCUUUCUGAUUACUGCUAUCUUCUAAUCUAUUAAUGUUUCUAGUAUGAACAAUUUGGCUGUAUCAUUUGUAAAACUUUUUUAUUGUUUUAUUAAUAAUACAUAUUUAUUUU